GUUCACAGCCGGAAGUGCUGCCGUGCUUUACGGCGCGCAGGGUGCUAUUUGCUCCCUGCCGGGGCUUGACCAUCCACGUGCUCAACCUCCUUUUCUCAGCCUCCCUUCGUGGACUGAAGAAAAAGGGAAGGGGAGUAUUGGGGUGUCUGAGCUCCCCCCAUGGCGGUCGCAGAAGAGGAACAUCCCUUGAGGAACGGGCUGGUCAUGAGCGAGGACGAUGAGGAGAAGGAGGCAGACAAUGAAGAAGCAACAAAGAAGCACCACCAGCUUGUGGAUUCACUCACUGCCUUGGCUGGAGCGAAGCGACGGAGGGCAGUUGAACGCACUGAGGCGAGCAGACAGAUCUCAGAAUUUGAUAUUUGUGGUGGAGAUGCUAGAGAAAAAGUUCUCCUCUCAGAACUGCUGCAACCAGCUUCCAGCUCACCAGCUCUGAGUUCCAUUCAGAAGCAGCUGAAGAAAGCCCAGAACAAAAAAGCCAUCCACCUCCCACUGAGCAAGGAGGAGAAUGAGCGAGUGGUGAGGGAAGCUGCAUACACUCAGACAUCUCAAGCCCUAGCUAAAUGGCAGCCAGUGGUGCAGCAAAACAGACGUGCUGAGCAGCUAGUCUUCCCAUUGCAACAGGAGAGAGUGACUGUCACGGCCAUUGAGGAAGUGAUAAAUGGAUGGCAGGCACGAACACCCCUGGAGCAAGAAAUAUUUGAUAUUCUGCACAGAGGAAAGCAGCCAGUGAAGGACCCACUCCUGACGCCACAGGAGAAGUCCUCGCUGCAGGCCAUGAGUCUGGAGGAGGCACAGUUGCGACGUAUGCAGCGCCAGAAGGCUCGAGUCCUGCAGUCCUACUACGAGGCUAAGGCACGACGUCAGCGGAAGAUCAAGAGCAAAAGGUAUCACAGGAUGCUUAGGAAGAGCAGGAAACGCAAGGUGCUGAAAGAAUUCGAGACGUUGCGGAAAACUAACCCUGAGGCAGCUCUAGAAGAGCUAGCUAAAAUUGAGAAAGCGCGUAUUGAGGAGAGGAUGAGCCUGAAACACCAGAACAAGGGCAAGUGGGCCAAAUCUACAGUCCUCAUGGCAAAGUACAACCUAGAGGCUAGGCAAGCCAUGCAGGAGCAGCUGGCCCGGAACAAAGAACUGACCCAGAAAGUACACCCGGCAUCCGAUAGCGAGGAAGGUGGCAACGACACUGACGCAGAGGGGGAUCUCGUGCCAAGUGUUGUCAAUGAGAGGCCUGCUGGGCUGGAUCCAGACAACCCCUGGAUGUUGGGACGGCCCCACACAAAGCCCAAGGAGGACCUUCCAGCUGAACCAGAAGACAGCGAAGAGAGUGACGAAGAGAUGGAGCCACCUGCAACCAAGGAGGAGACUUUGCUGCAAGGCUUUGUUGCAGGUCUUAAUGGUGAGGAAGCGAUGCCCAAGACGACGGACGUGCUUUUACCAGCACCUCCAAGCCCUGUGCCAGAGGGGCCGCUCCUGAAUGAGAAGCUGGAACGGCUUCGUACCUUAGAGGAUAUAGAGGCCAUAGAGACAGAGGAAGUCCCACUGGAAAACGGAAUGCCAGAAGUCAACGGUGCUGAACUUCAGCAGCCUCCAGAAGCUGAGUCAUCGCCCAAGGGCGGCAAGACCCAGAGCUCCAAGAAGAAAGCCAAGCGCAAGGCUCUGAUUGAUCUGAAGGCAGUGCUGGCUCAGCCACUUCGUCCCAUUCAGUGUCCGUUUUUGCCUUCUGCUGUACAGGAUGAGCUAGAGAUGGGCAAAGACCAGCGACAGGUGAUCCGGGAGGCCUUUGCAAGUGACAACGUCGUUGCUGACUUUAUGAAAGAAAAGCGUCGGGCAGAGCAGAACAGCAAACCGAAAGUUAUCAAUCUGGUUCUUCCAGGAUGGGGCGAGUGGGGAGGCGCAGGACUACAGCCGAGUAAGAAGAAGAAGAGACGGUUCCUUAUCAAACCAGCAGCUGGGCCCCUAAGGAAAGACAGGCACCUGCCCAAUGUUAUCCUGAGUGAAAAGCGCAAUAUUUCAGCAGCGGUGCAUCAGGUGAGCCAUCUGCCCUUCCCCUUUGAGAACAGCAAGCAAUUUGAACGCAGCAUCCAAGCACCCAUGGGCCCCACUUGGAACACCCAGCGUGCUUUUCAGCGUCUGACAGCUCCUCACAUUGUCACCAAGCCUGGCCACAUCAUCCGGCCCAUCAGUGCUGAGGACAGUGAGCUGCUCUGCAAAGUGGAAAAGGCAAACAGCAUGGGAAGGGAGCCAGAUUUGGCACUGUCAUCGUCAUCCCACAAUCAUCACCCACGCCAUGCCUCAAAGAGGAAGGGUCGGCGGAGCUAAGUCCUACAGGGACUCUGCCAUACAGGCCAGACUCCUUGGGCUAACUGGCGUUGUUGUCUUCUUAUUUUCUUAAGUCAAUUUUAUUGAUUUUCAGUAUAUAGCACAGAAACACAUACAACAAAUGUCUUCGUUUCCCAUCCCUCCCUCCCUCCCUCCCUCCCUCCGUUUAUUCCCACGGAACAAAUCAGUUUAUUAAAUUCUGCCAGAGUCCAUUGAGUGAAUUAGGUGGAUGCUGGUCAUCAGGGUUAUCAUUUUGAAAACCCAAUGAAAGGAUGACAAGUUUCAGACAUCUAUGUCUUCUGUGCUGUUCAGUGUUUGUACUCUCCUUGUUCGUUUUUCCAGUAAGGGAAAUUGUCUGUGCAUCUUGCUUCCACACAGAAUUCUGUGAAUGAUCCAGUCUCUUCCAUUUCUGUGCCACCAAGUGGAAAGUGAAUCUAUUAACCAUUUGUACAAAACUGUGGAACAGUAGAUUUUGAAGGGAUCUCCGAGGGUGACCUAGUCUAACCCCCUGCAAUGCAGGAAUCUCAACACGCGAUCCCUUGUCCAAUUUGAAACCAUACCAGACCCUGCUCAGCUUUACAAAUGUGUUAGUAGUUUUAUUGCUGCCAUUGAAAUUAAGCUGUUCUUCCCUGGAGAUGGUUAACAGUCCUAAACUUGAUGUGCAUUCUGCAUGUUGCCUCUUGAUGUGGCUUCCCCCCACCCACCCUGUGAACACCUUUUGCCAAAAGGAUGUAUAUAAGUCACAUGGGGAACAUUGUACCAAUUGUAUUGCAAGCUUACAAACACAAGUAUGAUAAUGAUUUAUUACUAUAGCUGCAUGUUAGUGGUGUCAGAUGCCAUUUAUGUAACAGCUUAAAUGUAAUCACUCAUAUAUGAGUUGAGACUAAUGCUAAGGGUUUUUUGGUCCAUAAAUUAUUCCAAUCCACAUCUUCACUUUCUAUGCUAAAUCAGUUUCCCACAGCCAUUUUACAUGAUCAUGUUGUCCAAUUGUUAGUUGGCUGAGUAUUUUGAAAAGCAUAGGUUUGUAUUGCAUAUUAUCAUUCUAAUUGUAUUUUGUAGGUGAGCCGCAUCAUUAUACUUCUGGAAGUGUUCUGUCAAUCUUAGGUCUUUUGCCUUGAUGGACAAACGUUACCAAUAAUUUUAAGAGUUUCGAUCAAUAUACAAAUAGGAAUAGUCUGAAAUGAAAACAAUUUUUGUAAUACCAUCAUUUUUACCGAUGACGCUCUUACCAUUCAUGACAGGUUAAACUUGGGCCUAUUACUUACGGUCUUUAACAGUAUCUUUAGUAAUGGUAAAAAAGUACUUUUAUCAAGCUUUACCCAAGAAUUCCUAUAUAUUUACAUGGUGGGGACAGAUCUUAAAGCCUGUGAUCACUUUGAAUGUAUCACAAUUCACAGGAUAAACUAAAACACAACUACUUGUUCAGAGAUAGCCCAGCAAUUUUACCAUAUGCUUUCCAUCUCCCUGUUGGCCUCUGACAGUGAUUAGUCUGGAUCAGAGAUCAUGAGUGCAAUAUAAUCAGCAAAUAAAUUGAGAGGGUAAGUCUGACCGUUGCGCAGAUGACGUCACCACCACCCUGUCUUUUUAAAUAAGUGUUAUUUGUUUUUUGAGAAAUCAAUAAACAAAUUUAACAAAAUACAACUUGCCAGUUGUUCCCUCAAUGUCAAAUUUUCAAUGUCAUUUUCUCCUGCUAACUCAACAGCCCAUAUGCGCGUAUAUCAAGAGGCAAGUGACAGACCCAUCACCAAAUUUCCAGCAUUUAGCUUUUUGAGGCCAACUGGAGUUUAUUCUAGUGUUUAGCUUCCACUUAAUUGAAGAAGCUAGCUGUCUGUGAGUUCAGCCAGUUGUGUUUUGUUGGAGGGAGAGAAGGGAAGAUGGGAUAGGGUAUUCCAUGUGAAGACAUUGGUCUACUAGCCACGAGUUUGGUGACAAGGUUGAUGGGUUUAAAAGUGCAAGCUUGUAUUGAAAGAUAUGUUUAAUACCUGGCUCUUUUUCAUAAGCAAAAUACUUUAAAAAUAAUGCAGUUGGGUUUGUUCAUCUCUUCCAAGAUUAAUUGCCAUACUCUACUCAACCUACUAUGGGGGAAAACUAUCAAUAUACUGCUACUUCAACAAGCUCAAGGGAAAUAAAGCUACUAACAUGUAUUUAUCUCCAAUAAAACUUCUACAUUUGAUUGCA